CCAAACUCCGUCUUGUCUCAGUUGGUGACGAUCUCGCGAAGUGCACUGAUGUUCUCCACAGCCAGUUGCAUCGGUCAGCUGUCAUGGCUUCAUAUAAAACAAAAGCCUCAAGCUCUGUCUGACCUUCAAGCCUUCAACGAUGCUAGCAGAGGCCCAGCUGGG